GCCCCCCCAAGCAAAGGCCAUCCACCCAUGCGCUCUUGGCGCGUGCGUCCAAGUCCCACUUCUCUCAGCCCGAUUUCUAUUGGAUAAAAAUACGGAAGUCUUUUAUGGCGGCGUAAACAAGACACACGGCACCAAAAAUAUAGACAGUUUACCCGGACAUGUAGCAAUGCAAAAAGUUACCAGGUUUAAAUAAAAGGCGAGCAGAUUACAAUAAUCCCCAGUGUUUUAUUUUUAAAUACAUGAUCGUGUACAGCUAACUUGCCUCCAAGAGCAUGGACUGCGUAGUCACCGGAGGAAACGUUAAAGUGUUGGCCAAAGCUGUCCACUCCUUGUCCCGAAUUGGAGAUGAGCUUUACGUGGAGCCGCAGGAGGAUGGGCUGGCCCUGCGGUCUGUGAACUCGUCUAGAUCUGCCUAUGCUUGUUUCCUGUUUGCACCACUCUUCUUCAGCAGGUACACUACAGCCAGUGGCCAUUCCUUUCGCUGCAAGUUGGCAAUAAAGAGUGUACAAUCAGUAUUCAGAUCUUUGACAACUUUGGAGAAAACUGUGGAGAAAUGUCACAUGAAAUUAGAUGAGGAAAAGAGUCGCCUCACAUUUACUUUGCACUGCAAACACGGCCUACUGAAGACACAUAACCUGUCUUUCCAGGACAGUGAAAGUUUGCAAGCAGUAUUUGAUAAAGACAGCUCUGCCAAUAAAUUCAGAGCCCAGCCCAGAUUGCUGGUGGAUACAGUUGUUCACUUUCCUCCCUCUCUUGAGGAAGUGACUCUCUCAGUGAGUGAAGACCGCAUGUGGUUCAAAAAUCACGUGGAGGAAGAUGCAGAGCCAUCUAAGGCUAUGCUUACAGAGCUAUGUCUGUCUUCUGAUGAGUUUGACCAUUUUUAUGUACAAACUCAAAACAGCAUCACAUUUUGCCUAAAGGAGCUUCGAGGUUUGUUGUUAUUUGCUGAGUCCACUGGUCUGCCCAUUUCUAUAUACUUUGAUGAGCCAGGCAGUCCUGUUGUGCUUUCAGUUACAGACAGUGUUCUAGAUGGAAACUUUGUGUUGGCAACACUUUCAGAUGAAAAUAAUCACAAAAGCAACACUAGGUCGUGCACUCAACCUUUGCCCCCUCCUGAUGACUUUAUGAAUGAUGAUAUGGAUUCCUACCUCAUCGCCAUGGACACAAGUAUUAGCAUUGUACCAGGUCCAGCAGAAAUGGCCUCAACCCCGUUAGACAGAGCUGAAUCUUCAAAAUACAGAGCAGUGAAUCACAGGACACGGCUACACAGUGAAGAUGAAGAUGAAAUAGACCACACAGAUGGGCCGCCAAAUAAGAAGUUUUGUUCACUUUUCUUUGGAUCAGUCCUGCCUCCACCUUCUCAGAUGUCUACUCAGCCCAUGACGACUCAGGAAGUGUUGGCUAGUGACAGUGAAGAUGAAACUCAGUUGGAAUAACGUUUGACCCUUAUAUUACAGCUUUUAUUUGGACAAUAAUGCGGGGGUUUAAAAUAGUUAAAUUAUGAACAGAAGUCCAUACUGUUAAUUAUUCUUCAUAGUUUGAUUGUCCCUGUAAAUAAAAAACAGUAUUUACUCAGA